AUGGGUACAAAGCGUGCUCGAGAAGUCACUCAAGAAACUGCUGAGCCAGUCUCAAAGGACCAUGGCGAGGUAUCACCGAAAAAGCAGAAGCAAGAUGAUGAGCCUGCAAAGAUACUGGCCAAGGAAGACAACGGCAGAGACGAGAAUAUCGUGAAACGUAUUACACGAUCUUCCACCACAAAAGCCACCAAAUCUCUGCAGCACGGAGGAGGUAGGGAAGCCUCGACCAGGGAAGAGCUCGAAGCACAGACUAUGCAAGCUAAAGAACAACUGGACGAAGUCUCCAAUGAGAAUAAUCGCCUCAUGGCAGAAAACCAAAAGCUGGAAGAUCAAGUCCGUGAUCUUCAAGCUCGUCUUCUAUCUGGAAACAAGCAGAAUCGCGAUUACAUGCAGGAUGACUCUGCAAUCUCCAAAAACAUCAGUUCUCUCAAUACGAGAAUUCGCAAUUGGGCAUGCGGAAUAACACAAAAAGGUCACUUACACGAUAAAUUGACCGAGGUGAAAGUUGAACAGGUUUCGGAACUACUUCGCGCUCAAUUCGACGCUUUCGACUACGAGACAGUUAUAAAGUCUAACUACAGAGCAUUCUCAUGGAUGAAUGGUGCACCUCGUGUGAUUGCACAAUCAAUUGUUGAGCAUGUCAUGGCAUAUGAGAUCUUAUCGCGACCUUUACAUUUCCUUCACGAGAACUCUUUCGACCAAAAACUCUGGCCCGCUCGAACAAUUAGGGCGUUUUACAAGCCGUCACAGUACGGUGGUUCUUUGUCCAAGCCGAUCGAAGACGAUCCGUUCGAAGAUGCUCGUCAGACGGUCUACAAGGGCCUUGCUAGCAGGAUACUGAAGAUAUAUGAUACUCUGCUGGGGCCAACUUGCAUGUCUUCUGAGGCGUCCUCUCGGGAUGAAUAUUCGAAGACUCUGCAUUCAAUCUUUGAGUCUGCAGGGAAAUUGAGCCUGCAACUUUGGGCACAGGACGCCCGAGUUACUGUUCAUGGCUUGAAGGAUCUCAAAGACAACAAGGGUUUCCAACCUGGCACAGCCAAUGUUGAGCUACAUCGCUUGUGCAAGUCAGCCGGGGAGGGCACCCUCCUCAUUAGGCAUACGAUUGCUCUAGUUGUACGACCACAGAUCAAAAUUGCAAGAUAUGAUUGUGACACGGUUCGACCAUUCAAGUACACUGCAGGCAAGGCUCAAGUCGUGCUACCACCGAAUAAGAAGCAGGAUUUUGAUGUAUUCAAGUCUGCUUCAUCCAAAGACGUGCCAUCGUCAAUUCCGAAUACAGCCACGAAGAAUGAGAGGAGCGCUGAGCAGUCGCGCGAACCUGGAGCCACGAAGAUGGAAAUCACAGCCUCUGCGGCUCGUGAGCUGAUGCCUCGCACGAUUGAGGCAAAAGCCGCUAGAGUUACGGCUGGGUCAGAUCAAGGUGAUACCAUCCCAUCCACUAAAAAGGGUUCUGAUUCUUGCAAAGAAGAAGACGUUGACCCAUAUGUUGUGGCAGAACCACCAACGGUGCGAAAAGAACACGAACACCAACCAGCAGCUCCAGCCGAGCGAUCGUGCAGAGAUGAGCAUUCCAUCGACCAAGAAGCAAAAACUCCCAAGAUCGACUCAGCACCAGAAAGCGACGACACAAGGUUGCCACAGUCAGUCGAAGACCGCGUCCCGCAACAAUUCAUCGACGAGGCGCAAGCAGAGGCACUCAAGGAGCAAGCGCCACAGAAUCAAGAGCUCAAAAAAAUCAGUAUAGACACAACACACGAACGGGCGGAACAGCAGCAAGACCACGAUAGAGACAAAUCUCAGCAGAGCAACGAUACUUUACAAGGUGACGACUUUGUCGUCAAGGAAACGAAGGAGAAGCAAAGAGAUGAACCGGCAGAAGCGAAAUCCCUACCUGCAGUAGAUUUUUCUGAACCAGGAGAACCAGACACGAUCAUUAUCUCACGGCAGGAAUUCAGGGAAGCAGUGCAGGGAAACAAACAGGCUGAUCUUCGAGUAGAAAAUGGUAAGGACGAAGAUGAAGUUGAAUUGCGAUGUGCUAUGCUGACGGUUUUGAGGGAAAAUGACUCUUUAAGUGAAAGGUUCGAACUCGAAGACUUGCUAUUUGAUCAGUGGCAGCGUGACAGCAUCGAGGACUGGGAGUGGUUGUUUCGAGCCUAUCAGUAG